GCCAGAAUUCCUAUGCUCUGGCCACUCCCUUCCAGCCUUCCUGAAGGCUGUGGUCUCCCAGGCCUCAGCACAGGCCAGGCAUCUUGGGAAAUGUCAGAUGGGGAGCUGGGGUUCCCUGGAGGUAGUCAGGCCAAGGCAGGCCAGAAAUGGCUACUGAGCCCACUGCAGGCUGUGUAAUCCUGGGCUAAUUACCGCCUCUCUCUGGGACUCAAGGCUCUCCUCUGUGUUAGGCAAGGACUCUAGGAUCUGCCGUUAGGAGGAUCUGGAUGCUGAGAGGUAUCUCCCCUCCCUGGAACCCUCAGGGAAGAGGGCACUGCACUGUCUGCCAGCCCUUGAGUCUCCAGGAGUGGAGAUUAGCUGUGGCCAGUAUCCAGGGUAAGCGUGAGGGGAUCAGGGAGAGUGGUGGCCUCAGCAGGCCAGGGAUUAGCAGAUGAUACUCCACCCUCAGCCCCUGCAGGACGGCAGGCUCCCAGAAAAGCCAGGCUGUGAGUGCCCAAGGCCAGCACCCCAAAGCCCUGGGGCCUGCCCACCAUCCUGGUCACAACCAUUAGAGACAGACCCCCAAGGUGAGGAAACCCCAGGAGAUCCUAACUUAUUUGCAUAUAUUGGCAUGUGCUUUGCAUAUACCUGCCCAGGGGCUGAACCUGAUGGGUCUUGGAGCCCCUCCUGUGAAAUUCUUGUAGGAUUUGUUUCCCCAGUUGCUCCUCCUCCAGUGCUCCAUACAGCUUCCAGAACAGCAUUCCUAACUGCUACCCCUUACAAAAAACCUUCCCAGAGUUGACUCCACUCACCACCCCACCCCCAAUUUAUUUCUUGACUCUUUUAAAGUUAUAAAACAGAAGAAAUACAGAAAGUGAAUAAAUAUCUAAUGUAACUAAUAAUUUACAAAAUGAGACCCCGUAUAACUACCACCCACCCUGGUUAAGACAUGGAGUACUACUUUUAAAACAGUUUAGCAGUUUCUUAAAAAAUGAAACAGAAAUGUACCAUAUGAUUGGGUCAUCUGGAAGAUUCUACCCCAGGAGGCUUCCCAAGAGAAAUGAAAGUAUAUUGUGAGGCACGAUGGCUCACACCUGUAAUCCCAGCACUUUGGGAGGCUGAGGUGAGCAGAUCACUUGAGGUUGGGAGUUUGAGACCAGCCUGGCCAACAUGGUGAAAACCUGUCUCUACUGAAAAUACAAAAAUUAGCUGUGCGUGGUGGUGCAAGCCUGUAAUCCCAGCUACUCAGGACAUUGAGGCAGGAGAAUCGCUUGAACCUGGGAGGCGGAGGUUGCAGUGAGCCGAGAUCGCAGCAUCGCACUCCAGUCUGGGCGGCAAGAGCAAGACUCCGUCUCAAAAAAAAAAGCACCUGCUAAUCCUUUGCACACGGCCCAGCUACUGCCAAUUAAUCUUCCUUGUGUCUGAGGGGCCAGCUACGAGUGGCAGCAAGAAGGCAAUUCCUGGCUGGCGGUUGGCAUCUAAGCAGGCAUCAGGAUGUUGGGCUGGGUCCAGAGGGUGCUGCCUCAGCCCCCAGGGACCCCUCGGAAGACCAAGAUGCAGGAGGAAGAGAAAGUGGAACCAGAGCCAGAGACGGAGGCGGAGGUGGAAUCAGAACCGAAUCCUGAGGAGGCCGAGACAGAGUCCGAGUCCAUGCCCCCCGAAGAGUCAUUCAAGGAGGAGGAAGUGGCUGUGGCAGACCCAAGCCCUCAGGAGACCAAGGAGGCUGCCCUUACUUCCACCAUAUCCCUCCGGGCCCAGGGCGCUGAGAUUUCUGAAAUGAACAGUCCCAGCCGCAGGGUACUGACCUGGCUCAUGAAGGGCGUGGAGAAGGUGAUCCCGCAGCCUGUUCACAGCAUCACGGAGGACCCGGCUCAGAUCCUGGGGCAUGGCAGCACUGGGGACACAGGGUGCACAGAUGAACCCAAUGAGGCCCUUGAGGCCCAAGACACUAGGCCUGGGUUGCGGCUGCUUCUGUGGCUGGAGCAGAAUCUGGACAGAGUGCUUCCUCAGCCCCCCAAAUCCUCUGAGGUCUGGAGAGAUGAGCCUGCAGUUGCUACAGGUGCUGCCUCAGACCCAGCGCCUCCAGGACGCCCCCAGGAAAUGGGGCCCAAGCUGCAGGCCCGGGAGACCCCCUCCCUGCCCACACCCAUCCCCCUGCAGCCCAAGGAGGAACCCAAGGAGGCACCAGCUCCAGAGCCCCAGCCCGGCUCCCAGGUCCAGACCUCCUCCCUGCCACCACCCAGGGACCCUGCCAGGCUGGUGGCGUGGGUCCUGCACAGGCUGGAGAUGGCCUUGCCGCAGCCAGUGCUACAUGGGAAAAUAGGGGAACAGGAGCCUGACUCCCCUGGGAUAUGUGAUGUGCAGACCAUCAGCAUCCUUCCUGGAGGGCAAGUGGAGCCUGACCUUGUCCUAGAGGAGGUUGAACCGCCCUGGGAGGAUGCCCACCAGGAUAUCAGUACCAGCCCACAGGGUACAGAGGUGGUUCCAGCUUAUGAAGAAGAGAACAAAGCUGUGGAGAAGAUGCCCAGAGAGCUGUCCCGGAUUGAAGAGGAGAAAGAAGAUGAGGAGGAGGAAGAGGAAGAGGAGGAGGAGGAGGAAGAGGAGGAGGUGACUGAGGUGCUGCUGGAGAGCUGUGCGGUGUCGCAGGUGGGCGUGGGCCAGAGUGAAGAAGACGGGACCCGGCCCCAGAGCGCUUCAGAUCAGAAGCUGUGGGAGGAAGUUGGGGAGGAGGCCAAAGAGGAGGCUGAAGAGAAGGCCAAGGAGGAGGCCGAGGAGGCGGCUGAAGAGGAGGCUGAAAAGGAGCCCCAGGACUGGGCGGAGACCAAGGAGGAGCCUGAGGCUGAGGCCGAGGCUGCCAGUUCAGGAGUGCCUGCCACGAAACAGCACCCAGAAGUGCAGGUGGAAGAUACCGAUGCUGAUAGCUGCCCCCUCAUGGCAGAAGAGAAUCCACCCUCAACCGUGUUGCCGCCACCGUCUCCUGCCAAAUCAGACACCCUCAUAGUCCCAAGCUCAGCCUCGGGGACACACAGGAAGAAGCUGCCCUCUGAGGAUGAUGAGGCUGAAGAGCUCAAGGCGUUGUCACCAGCAGAGUCCCCAGUGGUUGCCUGGUCUGACCCCACCACCCCGAAGGACACUGACGGCCAGGACCGUGCGGCCUCCACGGCCAGCACAAAUAGCGCCAUCAUCAACGACCGGCUCCAGGAGCUGGUGAAGCUCUUCAAGGAGCGGACAGAGAAAGUGAAGGAGAAACUCAUUGACCCUGACGUCACCUCUGAUGAGGAGAGCCCCAAGCCCUCCCCAGCCAAGAAAGCCCCAGAGCCAGCUCCAGACACAAAGCCCGCUGAAGCCAAGCCAGUGGAAGAGGAGCACUAUUGCGACAUGCUCUGCUGCAAGCUCAAACGCCGCCCCUGGAAGAAGUACCAGUUUCCCCAGAGCAUUGACCCGCUGACCAACCUGAUGUAUGUCCUAUGGCUGUUCUUCGUGGUGAUGGCCUGGAAUUGGAACUGUUGGCUGAUUCCUGUGCGCUGGGCCUUCCCCUACCAGACCCCGGACAACAUCCACCUCUGGCUGCUGAUGGAUUACCUAUGCGACCUCAUCUACUUCCUGGACAUCACCGUGUUCCAGACACGCCUGCAGUUUGUCAGAGGCGGGGACAUCAUUACGGACAAAAAGGACAUGCGAAAUAACUACCUGAAGUCUCGCCGCUUCAAGAUGGACCUGCUCAGCCUCCUGCCCUUGGAUUUUCUCUAUUUGAAAGUCGGUGUGAACCCCCUCCUCCGCCUGCCCCGCUGUUUAAAGUACAUGGCCUUCUUCGAGUUUAACAGCCGCCUGGAAUCCAUCCUCAGCAAAGCCUACGUGUACAGGGUCAUCAGGACCACAGCCUACCUUCUCUACAGCCUGCAUUUGAAUUCCUGUCUUUAUUACUGGGCAUCGGCCUAUCAGGGCCUCGGCUCCACUCACUGGGUUUACGAUGGCGUGGGAAACAGUUAUAUUCGCUGUUACUACUUUGCUGUGAAGACCCUCAUCACCAUCGGGGGGCUGCCUGACCCCAAGACACUCUUUGAAAUUGUCUUCCAGCUGCUGAAUUAUUUCACGGGCGUCUUUGCUUUCUCUGUGAUGAUCGGACAGAUGAGAGAUGUGGUAGGGGCCGCCACCGCGGGACAGACCUACUACCGCAGCUGCAUGGACAGCACGGUGAAGUACAUGAACUUCUACAAGAUCCCCAAGUCCGUGCAGAACCGCGUCAAGACCUGGUACGAGUACACCUGGCACUCGCAAGGCAUGCUGGAUGAGUCAGAGCUGAUGGUGCAGCUUCCAGACAAGAUGCGGCUGGACCUCGCCAUCGACGUGAACUACAACAUCGUUAGCAAAGUUGCACUCUUUCAGGGCUGUGACCGGCAGAUGAUCUUUGACAUGCUGAAGAGGCUUCGCUCUGUUGUCUACCUGCCCAACGACUAUGUGUGCAAGAAGGGGGAGAUCGGCCGUGAGAUGUACAUCAUCCAGGCAGGGCAAGUGCAGGUCUUGGGCGGCCCUGAUGGGAAAUCUGUGCUGGUGACACUGAAAGCUGGAUCUGUGUUUGGAGAAAUAAGCUUGCUGGCUGUUGGGGGCGGGAACCGGCGCACGGCCAACGUGGUGGCCCACGGGUUUACCAACCUCUUCAUCCUGGAUAAGAAGGACCUGAAUGAGAUUUUGGUGCAUUAUCCUGAAUCUCAGAAGUUACUCCGGAAGAAAGCCAGGCGCAUGCUGAGAAACAACAAUAAGCCCAAGGAGGAGAAGAGCGUGCUGAUCCUUCCACCCCGGGCGGGCACCCCAAAGCUCUUCAACGCUGCCCUCGCUAUGACAGGAAAGAUGGGUGGCAAGGGGGCAAAAGGCGGCAGACUUGCUCACCUCCGGGCCCGGCUCAAAGAACUGGCUGUGCUGGAGGCGGCUGCAAAGCAGCAAGAGUUGGUGGAACAGGCCAAGAGCUCGCAAGACGUCAAGGGAGAGGAAGGCUCCGCCGCCCCAGACCAGCACACGCCCCCAAAGGAGGCCGCCACCGACCCACCCGCGCCCCGGACGCCCCCCGAGCCCCCGGGGUCUCCACCGAGCUCUCCACCGCCUGCCUCCCUUGGGAGGCCGGAGGGAGAGGAGGUGGGGCCGGCCGAGCCCGAAGAGCACUCGGUGAGGAUCUGCAUGAGCCCGGGCCCGGAGCCGGGAGAGCAGAUCCUGUCGGUGGAGAUGCCGGAGGAAAGGGAGGAGAAGGCGGAGUAAGGUGGGGUGAGGCGGAUCCCGCGCGCAGUUCCAGCAGGUGUGUCCCCAGCGCCCGCUGCGCCCCUGCGCCCCAGCGCCCCAUCUUCCCCCACGGCUCAAGAGGAGAUGCUUUUCCGUAGUCGUGACCUCAGUGGCUGCAGCUCUGACCGCCCCGCCAGCACGCCAGCCCCGACUCAGCUCCUCGUGGGGCUGGGCCUGAGCUCGACAAGUUGCAUCAAGUGUUCGAGUCCCUGAGCUCUCACUAUCAUUUGAGAGCCCUACCUUUUCCUGACUGUUCCUCUUUUUAAGAACAAAAUGAUUUUCCACUUUUAAAGUUCAUGGGUGAGGGAUAAAAUGAGGCUCCAAUACAUGGGAAGCUUUGUUGAAAAAGUAAAGUGUUAUUGAAUGUGUGGGGUUUCCCCUCAGGAAUUUGUCUAACACAUUUCAAGGAUAGAAAAUACUUCACUGCCGGGCAUGGUGGCUCAUGCCUAUAAUCCCAGUGCUUUGGGAAGCCGAAGCAGGAGGAUCACUGGAGGCCAAGAGUUGGAGAGCAGACUGGGCAACAUAGCGAGACCCCAUCUC